AGUGCAAUACCUUCAUGCCGCCUCCUCCUUGCACAGCGAGCCGACAGUCCGCGCACUAGUCUUUAGCGUUAAGGCUUGAGUACGAGACUCUACAACCUUAAUUCUGCGGUGCAUGACGUUGGGCGGAAUUUUUGGGAUCUAUUUGUAGAGCAAUAGCGAGGAGACGGAGGAUCCGUUGAUCGCGAGCGUGCGAGAGUUGAAAGUGAAAGCGGGAGUCGAUCAGACUUACUGGCGUUAUGCGGUAGUGCAGUACUAGUGUCAACACACACUACAAAUCAUGGAUAAGGGCGGAUUUAGAGCGAUGCUAUUAACAAUAUCCGACAAACUCGAUGAGGGCAAUGUAGAAAGUUUAAAGUUUCUGUGCAGAGAAGACAUCGGGAAGAAAAAGCUUGAGAAAAUCAACAAGGGAAUCGAUCUUUUCGAGUGUCUGAUUGAAAAAGCUGAAAUUGGGCCUGAUAACACGGAAGUUUUGCGGAGACUAUUGGACGAUAUCGGUCAGAAAGUCUUGGUGCAUAUAAUUGACAACUAUGAGACACAAGCGACAGGGAGUCCUGCUGAUAUACUGGACGAUAAAGAGCAAGAAAAAAUAAACGUAGCCACAGAAGUAAUGGUUGAACAACUAGGAAGAAGAUGGCUUCAGGUUGGAAGAAAACUUGGACUUACCACCACGAAAAUGGAAGGCAUAAAAGAGAAACACCGUUAUGAUCUAGAAGAGCAGGUGAGGGAGCUCAUCACAGAGUGGAUGAAGAUACAGAAGGAUAAAGCCAGAGUCCAGGAGCUCAUCCAGGCCCUCCGAGAAUGCAAACAGAACCUUACUGCAGAUCUUGUGGAGAAAAAACUCCAAGAACUUGACACCCCUUGAAAUCAGCUUACUUUACAGUACCUUGGGUUUUUUUUUGUCUUUAAUGUCAUUUUUUGAAGCUGUUGUGUUAUAGACGGAGAGAGCUUUGGGGUAAUAAUGUGAAUUUCUCUUUAAAGUUUAAAUGAGAUGAAUUAAAAUGAUCUGUUUACAAAUUGUCCUGAAUAAAUUGAGCUUGGUGCAUAUUUGUUAAAGGAAAAUGUAGGGUACAAUGUGGCCAAAGGGACCUGUCAAGGUAUGGAGAUUUUAGAAAAUAGAUGUAUUUUUAUUGAAUAUCGAUGGAGCAACAUACAUUUUUAAUAACAGUAAGUUGAUUUGGUUUUUUGUCCAUUUGGUGUAGAUAUAGGAGCAAUUGUUUUAGGACAAAAUUCGUCAACUUAUGCAAAUACUUUUGUGACAGCAAGAUGUUUUUUCAGUAACAAAUUAAGAUGCUUUGUCAUAAUAACCACUUUAAAAAGGGCACACCAUUUCCUGUUCAUUUUAAUCACAUUUGGCAUUUUUAAACUUCUCACAUAUUCUACAAACGAGUGAAUAUACGAAUAAUAAAUAAAACCUUAUUUCCCCCACUAAAGAUAAACAGUGUGUUUUAUGGGGGCUUUAGCCCCUGUAACGGAAGCUUUUUACCCAGAAAAACUUGAUUUUAGUCACCUUGACCAAAACUGGAAAUGGCAUAAUUAUUUUGUAUCAAAAUGAAUGAUCAUUUCAAGGAUUUUCAUUAGCUAUAUACAUUUGCUCAACUUUUCGACAUUGCAUGCAAUGACCUUGUGGAUCAGGAAACAUUUGCCAUGCAAAGUGACAAACUUUGAUGACUGGGAAAGUGCUGUCGUAGUUUUUGUUGCUCUUUUGUGUUUUGGGAAAACGUCAAAUCAAAAGUGUCUUUCCUUUAGCCCCAUUGUACCCUAUUAGUUAAUAUGUAUAAUUUUAUAUUUGUAAUUUUAUUGCAGGACAUAAAAAUGAAAUAUAUUGUCUUAUUAGUAACAUUAGACUCACCUUUCUUUUUACCAGUUUAACUGAACAAAAUUAAUUUGGACUCGUGUUUUGGACACUUGUAUUUUCUGUUUCGAUUGAACUGUGAUUUUUGUUUUGUGACAUCAGUGUUACAAAAGAAUAAAAGGGAUUGGAAAUAUUUUACAGUUUGUGUAAUGCACCAUGAAGUUUUAAAUCCUUUUUGACCAAUACUGCAAUACAACAGCACUAAUAAAAAUAUCUA